CCAUGAAGGAACGCCUGAUGUAGAACGUGUUUCAGUGAGAGGGAUGUGCUAGUGUACUGCAGUUUCAGAUGGUUGGGAUUAGAAAUAUCUUGAUUAAGUCUUUAUGUAAUGUACAGGCGUUGAAAUAUCAUUCAAGGCAACGAAUAUUUAAAGUCAGAUAUGCAUAUAAUUCUACUUUGGCUUAUGUUUGGGGUGCUGGUGAUGGAGGGCAGUUAGCACGCAGUACCUCACCAGUCAACACUUCUCCACUUAAAUAUACAUGUAAAGAAGAGGUUUCUCACAUAGGGUGUGGAUUUGGUUUCACUGUUAUUUCUCAACAACAUUCAAGUGAACUUUGGAUUUUUGGCGUGAAUUCUUCACUACAAUUUGACAGAAGUUCUAAAGAUGAUUUUUCAAAACCUCAUUCAGUAGCAUUACCUGUUGAAUCUCUUGAUACAAGAGUAAAGCAGAUUUCUUGUGGUCGUUCUCACAUCCUUGUACUUACUGACAAGGAAGGAGCAUUUGCUAUUGGUGGGAACAGCCAAGGACAGUGUGGCAUUGGAGACGGCAGUACUAAACUGUUAAAAAGUUUUCAAAAACUCCACAUGCCUGAGGGAGAAAAUAUUAUYAAGGUUGUUUGUGGGCUGGACCAUAGUAUAUUCCUAACAGAAUCAGGCAAAGUGUUUUCCUGUGGAUGGGGUGCUGAUGGACAAACAGGUCUGGGACACUUCAAAGAUGAGACAAGUAUAAAGCAAGUGAAGGGCAGCAUCGAAGAUGUAUUUAUUAGGGAUGUAGCUUCUUCUGUAGACUGCUGUAUAGCUGUAUCAGACAAAGGAGAAGUAUAUACCUGGGGUAAUUCAGAAUAUGAUCAGCUUGGAGUAGAAACUGAAGAAAAACAGAUAUCCAUAGCAACAAAAGCUUCUCUCCUCAGUCACCUGGGAAAGGUGGAGCACGUUUCAGCAGCUGGUUCUUUUUCAGUUUUAACGACAGAGGAUGGUGCCUUAUAUACAUGGGGAUAUGGAGUACUGGGCCAUGGCCCAAAUGUAACAUCAAGUAAAUCACCUAAGAAAAUCAAGAAUGCAGAUGAAAUAGGAGAAGAAAUAUCUCAACUACACACAGGGCUUGAUCACACUGCUGUUGUAACAGCCUCAGGAAAGUUAUUUGUAUGGGGAAGAGGAAGCUUUGGUCGGCUUGGGUUGGGCCAAGAAACUGAUCAAUGGACACCAAAACAGGUUAUUCUUCCUGGAGUGGUCCUAGAAGUGAGCUGUGGGGUAGACCACAUGGGAGUCAUAGUGCAAUAUACAGACGGACCAACAAACUUGGAGCUGUUGCCUCAGUAUAAAGCUCAACCYACAAUUAUUGAUGUGUCUAACAUUGUUGACUGAGAACAGGAAAACAGACCAGAGAGGCCAACUAUAUUAUAAUGUGAAACGUGUGUUUCUAGCGGAUCAACUGACUGUCCUAUUGGGUCAGUGGUAAUGAACAACAGCGACCAGCACCAACAAGCACUGGGGUUAUGAAAAGUGGUGUGCUGUUGUUGCUUAAURACUGUCAAUCAGAGCAUUUGGACAUGUAUAUCUACCUUAUUUGUCCUCGUUUCUUUCCACUGUUUCUUCUUGAUUAUUGUAACGAAGGCAACUCCAAUAAAUUUUGUAGAAAGCAA